CGGGGAAGUGUCGCUGGUCGCUAGGGGAGACGGGGGGAAAGCGGAAGCGGGCGGGGCGGUGAGGCGCUGCGCUGGCGCCCGCUCCCGGGCUCCCAGCCUCUCCUCGCGGACCGGCCGGGCGGCGGCGGAGCUAUGGGCUGCUUCUUCUCCCGCCGCAGGAAGCCGGCCCAGGGCGGCCAGCAGCAGCAGGCGGGAGCCGGCCAAGACGCGGCGGCCGCUGAGGAGAAGGCACCGCAGUACAGCUGGGACCAGCGAGCCAAGGUUGACCCCAAAGAUUACACUUUUUCAGGACUUAAAGACGAAACUGUGGGUCGACUGCCUGGAAAAGUAGCAGGGCAACAAUUCAUCAUUCAGGACUGUGAGAAUUGUAGUAUCUACAUAUUCGACCAUUCUGCUACAAUCACUAUUGAUGACUGCGUAAACUGUCAGAUCUUUUUAGGACCGAUAAAAGGCAGCGUGUUUUUCCGUGACUGCAAAGACUGUAAAUGUAUAGUGGCCUGCCAACAGUUUCGCACCCGGGACUGUAGAAAGCUGGAGGUAUUCUUGUGCUGUGCCACCCAGCCCAUUAUUGAAUCCUCCACAGGUAUGAAAUUUGGAUGUUUCCAGUACUAUUAUCCUGAGCUUGCUUUACAAUUUAAAGAUGCUGGACUAAGUAUCUUCAAUAACACAUGGAGCGACAUCCAUGACUUUACCCCUGUGUCAGGAGAAAAUAAUUGGGGCCUUUUGCCUGAGGAUGCUGUAGUACAAGACUAUGUUCCUCUGCCCAGCUCUGAGGAGCUGAAAGCUGUCAGAAUUUCUACCGAUGCUACGAGGAGCAUAAUACCAAUAACUCGAGGGCGGAGACAGAAAAGCAGUGAUGAAUCGUGUUUGGUCGUGUUUUUUGCUGGUGACUACACAACUGCAAAUGCCAGGAAGUUAAUUGAUGAGAUGACUGGUAAAGGCUUUCAGCUGGUACAGACUAAAGAAGUCUCAAUGAAGGCAGAGGAGGCUCACAGAGUUUUCCAGCAGCAUGCCCCGGAAUUCAUUCCACUGCUUGAAGAAGGUCCAGUGGUUGCUUUGGAGUUCAAUGGAGAUGGUGCUGUGGAAGGAUGUCAAAGCACUAUAAAUGAUGUUUUCAGUGGGACCAAGGUUUUUGUAUCGGAGAGCAAGGCAUCAGCGUCUCAAGAUGUAGAAAAUUUCUACAACUUUGCUGACAUGCAGAUGGGAAUGUGAAGUUUAAGAAGAAGGUGUUUGCAUACGGUUUGUCUUGACACUUGGAUGUCAGUUGGUGUGAAUAUUGCAGUAGUAUGAGAGGUUUUGUCAUUUGGUUUUGUAUUUAUCAUAUAUCCCUUUUUAUAAAGCUGUUAGUGAUUUUAAUACCAUAUUACCUGAACUGGAGUAAAUGGCAUAGUUCUCCAUGCGCGUUGUGUUUGAAACUUGUAAUUCAACUCCAGAAACGAUGGAGGUUUUCUACUAACUUUUUACAGUGAUUUCUUAACUUCUGUUGGCACUUGAAUAGUUCUUGUCAACAUCUAAUUGUAAUGCAUAUUUGAAAAGUGCAAUGCUGAUCCAAAUUUGAUGCAGUAGUAAUUGUUAUCUUAAACUCAGACACAUUGUUUAGAAGGUGCAUUUAUGUGAAAUUUGCAGUUCAAAACUUUCCCACAUGCAAAUCUGUCUUCACUGGGGGCCAGGGACUAAACUGUAGUUGUUGUUUUUUUCUGAAAACCUUGUCUGAAAUGAAUUCUCUUUAGAGCGUGCUUUCAGAAGCCAUGCUUGGCUUGUAAAAUGCACAUCUGGCUUAUUCUGCUUCAGCAUCUUUUUUGAAUAAAGUUGUUUGCAGCAGCAUUUAAGCUGAGAGUUGUCACAACAGCAUUCUGGUAAGUGAGCACUUGCCAGGCUCUUCUGCUUUGAGGUGAAUUCUGAGCAUCAACGCUAUGCUAAAUAUGCUCUAAGGUCCACUCAGAGUCGCUGGCGAUACAGAUGCCUCCUUUAUUCCCAAGUCAUGUAUGAGAUAUACAUGAGCUUCCCUUGGACUUGGAGCAAUAAGUCUUGGGCAGCGUUGUUUGCUAGAAGGGACAUCCAGCAGCCAGAGAAGGGCUCUGGUGGCGUUAAAAAAGCUCUUCCCCAGGAGAAGGGUUUUACACUCAGUAGUAAUACUGAAAAUUUGGCACUGUUUUAGGCUUUAUUUUGGAUUAAUUCUAAAAAUGGAUCAAAGAAGUGCUACUAGCAUUUUGGGAGGUGCAUUUGAAUAGUGAUCAGUAAGGAUGCUUAUUUGUUAUAUAGUGCAUAUUAGAAUGCAGAUAUGUAUGAAUAUUAAAUACAUUAUUGAUUUAUUUGUGCGUGUUACAUCCUUACUUAUUCUUCUGUGUGACCUUAAAGCUUAUUUCCAGGUUUACAAGCCCUCUGUAGUACUUGAACAGACUGUGUGUGCAGAUGCACAAAACCAAAUUUCUGAAUUAAAAUUGUGGCUUACCAGUUUAUGUAGCCUUUGCAAUCCAUUGAAUGGACUGGGGCUCUGUUGAGGUGCUAAAGCAGUCAUUUCCUCAUUAUGGUCAUCUGUCAAAAGGGAGGAUCUUAUGCAUCUUAACUGAAAAUGAGUCUUGACUCAUCAAUUUCACAGCUCUGGAACUCUAUAACUGGUGACUAAAAAAUCAUCUAAUUUUUUAGAAUUAGCACAUGAAAGAACCUGUUCUCCUGAAAUUCAUAGUUGUCAUGCCGGAAAGAUGUUCUGAGCUGUCAUUUUGUUGCUAGUAGGCAAAUGCUUGCCCUUAGUUUAAACUAUGUAACGAGAAUAUGUUCUUAGGACCUCUCCUUAAAGUUACGCACAGAUUAAAUAGGGAAGAAUAUCUCCUGAAGUCACUAAACCAUUAGCGUACUGAAGCUAAGAAAAACAUCACUUCUUGGAAAUGUUUUAUUUGACAAAAUGAAAUAAAAAUCAAACUUCCACCAGAAUUUGACUGGUAGCAGAAAUUACAACUUAUUUGCACUUAGUCAGCCAGGAUUUUAUAUAUAUAUAUACAUAUGUGUGUGUGCGUGUGUGUGAGAGAAGAGGCUGUAAAAACAGCUAAAAAUCUUGAUUGGCCUCCAAAGUACUAGUGCAAGUCAGCAAUGAACAUUCGCAGGAAUUAUUCUAGACACGUGCAGCAAAUGUAUCUUUUUCUGGUAUGGACAGUACAUUAAAAUUGUGUAAUAUACUUCAGGAUUGUCAUUGUGUAAUCUAUCUGAGCAGUGCAUAUGUUGAGCAUCUUGGUUUCUAAACUUUUACAUAUACUAUUUCCAAACUUAUAUGCUGACACAUGAUUAUACAUGUGUUUAUAGUUUAUUUUUGUAUCAUCAACCUGCUUUGGAAACAAAGUGCUAAAUUGAUUUUUGUGAUUGCUUUUUCUGGAGGACAAGAUAAGUAGUUGAAAAUUAAUCUAAGCUUGAAACAAUGGAAAAACUUUUCUACUCACUAGGAAAGAGCGGUGUUUGUUUUGUUUUGUUUGUUUGUUUUUUUACAUUGAUAGACUGCUUACCAACAUAAAGAGAUUUAAUUAAAAAAUCUAAAUAAUGAAGGAGUUUUUCAAUCCAAUUAUUUAUCUCUUGACUUCAGUUUCUUGCUAACAGGUGUUAAGAACACUUGUAGCCUAAGCAUCUGGUAUUGUGUGUGUGUUACAGAAUGGUACGUGCUUCAUGUAGUCUUUUUAUGUUUGUUGUAUAGCUUUUUAUGUAAUUUGUAUUGCACUGUGAAUGUAAUUCAUAAUAAACAUUGAAAAUCCAAA